GAAGAUAAACAGUAGACACUUUAUGCUUCCCUUUCUGUUAUCUUCAGAUCCUUGGUGUUACAUAAUACUGUUUAAGACAAUCAAUAAACAAAUGCUGUGUUGUAACAAAGGUUCAUCGUGCAAUAUUACAUGUUGGUAUUUGCGUUGAAAGCAAGAGAAGUAAUGUAAAAAAUAGAAAAAAAAAAAAAAAGUAUAGUCGGUAUCGUUUGAAAAGUAGCUAUGCGAAGCACGUGCCUCGUUCAUAGGCGGUCAUAGGCGCCGCGUCCGUAGACGAAAUGAUAUUGCAUGAUUACAGAGGAAGCCGGCUGGUGUGCGCACGCGUCUCCUUCGUCAGGGCUGGACGUGUGCGUGAAAGUAGCGAAUGGGAGUGGGGAUCGAGGGCGGGUGUGGGAGCAACAGUGGGGGCAGAGGGGUGGAGCAGCCGUCGUCUGAUGACACCUGUGGCUCGACCCCCACGAUCAGUUCAGCCGCGACCGUCCACGCGCCGUCUCGUUGUGACGUUUUUGCACAGCCGCCAUUCAACGUAUACAUACAUAUGUAUAUUUCGCGUACCAACACAGCUAAUACACGUUUCGACCGUGUAAUUCACGUGUAUAGAAGUAUGCAUACGAACGCGAGUAGGCGUACACGUGCAAACGUGCGGAUCAUUUUUACCCCUUAACCACGUGACAGAUCGUCGUAACGGAUCUGCCAUUACUGUGAGGUAAACUGUCAUAGUACCGUCGUGCCGUCUUGUCGUCCGAGAUUAAGACAAAGAAGACGAACCGGAGGAUUAAUCGUUCCAUCCAGUUAACCUAGAAGAAUAUACCGGAAGGAUCAUCGGCUGAUUGCGUAACGAUCCUUGUCGAACAUGUAAAUCAACGUAUCGAAGAAAUUGAGAAACCUAUACGGAUAAUUGGCGAGAGAGUGUAGACGUUUGGUUAGGCGUACCGACAACUUGUUGACAGUGUUGCCCGGCCGUUAUCUCGACGGACGGUUCUCAAGGAGAUUCUUCCACGUAACCUUAUGAAAGCUAGUUAUCCGGUUGCCGAUGUAACGGGCGAUUUCGUGAUAUGCUUUUAGCGCGAGUGCCGGGUAUAUUUUCAAAUCGCGUUAAAGUAUAUUUCGCGUGGAAAAACGAUGCGUCGUGCACUUAGCUAAACCGAGUAAGUACAUAUCGUCGCUACGGUGAAUGGAAAGUUAACAGAUCACGCGACAGUGAUGCAGUGCCGUAGUGUCAGUGCCAAGUGCCACGUGCCCAUUGCUUGGAUUACUUGAAGAUGCCGUCGUCCGGUGGAUACUAUGACGACAGAAAUCCUCUUCUCAAGGGCACCUUAUCGAGCGUGGACCGGGACCGGCUUCGGGAGCGGGAACGACAGGCCCGCGCGGCGAUGUCGGUCCAGGCCGAACAGGCGGCUGCAGGAGGUGGUCCUGACACCAGACACCAUCACCAUGGCCAUCAUAACCACGCUCACCACCAUGCUAAUCCGCAUACCGUCGCCGCUCCGCUCUUCCAUGCUCCCGUCAGGGUGAACCCUGAUGCCCGGGACAGCACGACGCAGCAAAUCCAAUCUAAAUUAGGCAACUAUUCACUGGUGAAGCAUCUGCUGGACGAGCCUAAACGGCUGAUCGGUAUCGAGGGUGUGCCACCGAGUCCAGCCCCAUCCCCGUCACCCUCGUCCCUUCGAACGAGUUCCAGUUCGAUCGGUACGAAUUCCAGGAGCUCGCCGUCCUCCCAAGAAUUCAAGAAACCCGGAGGACCGAGGACCAGCUCGUCUUCGUCCUCAUCGUCGAGCCAUCAACGUGGUGGUUUCGUGAAACCAGCCGACGGCAAGCCACCGUACGGUGGCAGGGGUGGUUACCCUGGCCAACCGGUGAAGCACGGGGGUAACAGCAACGAUCAUCGUAGCCACGGUUUAUUACCCGCCAAAGGACCGCCCCCGAAUUCACCCGGGAACGGUACGCUCGUUGGCAAUUCGAAUAUCGGGAAUUCCAACGGCGGUGGCAGGCUUCACUCUGCUGGCAACAGACUGUCCAGGUUAACUCUCGAUAACGGAACAAAUUCGAGGCCUGGUCCCACCGAGAAUUCGGCAGAUGUAGAGAACAUUUUGAAGGAAAUGACCAUGCCACCCACACCUCUCACGGCUAUAGCCCAGACACCGAGGAAGGAACUCGAGUCGAAGUUCACGUUCAACCCUGUCCUGGCGAAGUUGACUGAAGUGACGCCGCCGGAAACCGCGAAGCCUCAACGCGAGCGGCACACCGACAGCAGGUUAUCCGCGGAUUUGGAGCGGGAUCUGAGCCUAUCCGAGGACAGCGAGGAUGAAGUCGGAAAGGAAACGACGUCGCGGACGGCGAGGGGAAACAGAAGUCCUGACCUUACGGUCGAUCUGUCAACGCCGUUGAUACCGGCGAUGACUCCUGCCCCGCCGCCUCUGGCACCCAUGUCACCCAUGGGUCUGUCACCUGUGGGUACUUUAUCACCUACGAGGCCGCUCAGCCCGAGCAGACCGUCGUCACCUCCGAAGCAAAUGACACCUGAGCAAGUACUUUCACCUCCACCAGUGAGCCCUUUGCAAUCGAAGGGCUCCCCCGUCCCUAUCAUCCAAAGGCCGCCCAGUCCGCCUGGCCAGGCACCGCAGAGUUCCGGAAGCGCCAGUUCCAGCUCGGAUUCCGGUUCUGACUCUGGCUCGGAUAGCAGCGACGAUUCCGAGGACGAAACGAGCACCCAACCUGCCAAAGGACCUUCGACACCUCCCUCUGUGUCACCAAAGAACGAGAAUCUGAUCGAGGAACCACCGGCAGCUAUCGAGGAAUCGAAACACAGGUGGAACCUUGAAUCGUUCUUCAACAAGAAGGUGAUGCCGCACGGGGAACAGAACGCUGAAAACAAGCAGACGCAGGAUUGCAAUAGGCAAGAUGGUUCCCCAGCAACGACAGCAGACGUCAGAACGCACAGGGAUAAGGCAGCUCACGAUUGGCAGCUCGACGAAGCCGUGAAGAGGACUCACAAUCCGACGAUGAUCAGCGUGCUCGACAGCGAUAGCUAUAGAUCCUCGGAUCAGGAGAAGGGUCAGCCCGUGGAAGAGAAUCGUGUUCAAACGGAGAAACCAAAAGUGGCCGAUGCGAGGAAACGUGGACGACCUAGAAAACCUACCAAGAGUCCGAAGGGUGGUCAUCGGACGUCGGACGAGAGUCUGAAGAAUGGCAAGCCUCGUAGUAGAACGAGAGGAGUCAGUAGUCCUAUCAAGAGAAAGAUACCUCUGUCGAAACCUACCAUCACGACCAGUGACGACGGAAGCGACGACCGAUCGCAGGAUGGUUCCAGCGAUUCGGACAGCGAUCGACCGACCAGGAUAUCUCCGGUCGAUGCUGCCAUCAACGAGAAGAGACGGUCGAGAGUUAGCGGCUCCUCCAGCGAAGACGAGGGUCCUCCUAAUGGAAAGAACAACAUUGCCUCCGAGGAUGAUAACACGCGUUGGAGAAGGGUAUCCAUCAAGAGAAGCAAGCUGGCAGACUCGCCUAAGAAGCAGGAGAAGAAGAAGAGUCCCGCCAAAGCCAAACCAAGAAGAUCGAAUUCGAGGGUGACAAACGUUGGGGGGUCUGAUUCUGACAGUGAGUCUGAGAUGUCGGUGAGAAAUCGCAUUCAAGUAGCCAGGGUACCUCCAAGGCCAAGGGCACCUCCAACCAGGACAACUUCCCCGGAAAACUCGGACAGCGACAACAGUCCAGGUCCGAAAUUGCAAGAGGAAGAUGCUGGUAACGUGCAAGACAAGAAGAAGAGCGACACGCUUCGAAAGGUCUUCUCGUCUUCGAUGGGCGGGGGUAAAGUUGGCGGUAAAGGAGGAAAAGGUGGAAAGGGCGGAGGCAAAUGUGGCAUCUACGUGGAAGAGUACACGACCUCUGCCAAUACACCGACCGGCGGGGAUAGUCCGUACAAGAGACCGUCGUCCCAAGCAUCCAGCAUCAUUCAAUCUUUCCCACCGCUUACCUACGUGAACGGUGUGCCCAGUUUACUCUGCAGGAUCGAGCUGAGCAGACUUCCUCAUCUAUCGCAACUGUCGCGAGGACAGGAAUUGAGGCAACGCACGGAGCUACCCGACACCAGGCCAUCAUCCAGGCAGGCUUCCACCUUGACCGCCCAACCUACUCGACCAUCCACGCCCGAGGAGGGAGAGAUAAUUGACACGCCACCGCCUCAACAGUUACCUACCGACUCGAGGAUUCACGGUGACGCGUUGCUAGUCGACGGCGAGCUGAAGAAUCGCGCUGUGAUCAAAGGGGAACCUAUUACGGACUCGAAGAGUAAUUGUGGCAUCGGACUGGGUGCUGGUCUCGUCGGUGGAGGUGCUAGUGGAAGUGGUAGUGGUGCUAGUGGCGCGGGUAGCGCGCCCAAGAGGAAACGUAAUCCGAGUUGUAGUUCUGUGACCAGUUUCAGUACUGUGUGUUCCAUAGAGACGAAAGGAAAGGGAUCGGGGGAGCACAAAGAAAGAAAGAAGAGAAAGAGAAAACACGCGGACGUUGAAGCUGUCGCAUCGAGGUCCUCUUCGAAUCAGCAAAGCGACAUACAACCAACGAAUCACGAACGGGAAGAAAAACCUGACACCAGCUUGUUGCCGCCACCACCACCGCCUCAACGCGUCUAUUAUUCCUACUUCAAUCCUCAGAACGAAGUUUUGGAGGAUCAAGAUAGGUGGGACCAGAAUCAGUACCUGAUGGAAGCGAAACGGCUGAAGCACAGCGCCGACAAGGAGUGCGAACUCACGGCGCAGGGUAUGCUUUACCUGGAAGCCGUUCUGUGUUUCCUGCUCACUGGCAACGCCAUGGAGUCAGAUCCUGUCACGGAGAGGGCGUCGUUCACCAUGUACAAGGAUACUCUCAGUCUCAUCAAAUACAUCUCUUCGAAGUUCAAGAGUCAGCAGAACAACUCGCCAGAGAGCAGUAUACAUAACAAGCUAGCCAUUCUAAGUCUCUUUUGCCAGUCUCUUAUAUACUUGAAGUUGUUCACGAUGCGCAAACAUGAAGUGAAGGAGACACAGAAGAUCCUCAGCGACUAUCAUCAGAAACCCGCUCAGGCAACGCCUGUGCAACCGGAAGGUCAAGGAACUCCUUCCCUAUCGCCCACCCCGUCGCCGGCCGGUUCCGUGGGCUCGGUUGGCAGUCAGAGUUCCGGAUACAGCAGCGGUGAACUGGCGAAUCGAGGGGCUGCCUCGGGUCAACCGCAGGCAGCUCCUUACGUUAGCGUUCCGCUGAAUGUUCACAACGCGAUGGUAAAACAAAAUUAUCACCUUGGCUUGCUGUUUAGUUGUCACGAUCUCUGGGACCAGGCCAACGCUCUGGUGACAGAAAAGCAUAGAGAUUUUUUCAUCGAGCUGGAUGAAAAACUGGGACCCCUCACGUUGAAAAGUUCGCUACGCGAUUUGGUGCGAUACGUACAAGCCGGUAUAAAGAAGCUUAGAGAUCUCUGACCACAGUGGCAUAGCCCCCGACCGCCCACCCCGAAUUACAUUACUUCUCUUCCGCAAAACAUGGCCACGUAUCCAACGAUGUUCACGUAAAAACGUUGCAACGAUCGUCGUAGAUUCGAAACACGCCGUGAGAGAAAAAGCUUCGUAAAGCAAAAAAGUAGGAGAGAAGUUGGAAGUGUAUUUGUUAAUAAAUAAAGGACUGUUUACCGUGGGGUGCAGAAAAUCGGUGGUACGGGGGAGCAACUACGCGUAGUUGCGAGAUAACUGUCGAAUCACUUGCUCCACAGUCAGAGAAAGAGAGAAAAAAAAGAGCUCUAUGAAGUUUCUACGUUAGGAGGUUCACGGAGGCGUCCCGGGCAAUUUUUUUAACGCUCCUAGCAUCAACUUUAUAGUCAAUUCAAGUUACUCGUCUGCAGGUGGACAGUUGAAGAAGGAUCUUGUCGAUCCGUGAUCGGUGCGUAGAGAAUCUCUCGUAUUCUGUGCGUAGCACGAGUUACUUAUUUUCGAAACGGAGAAAGAGGAGGACGAGGAGGAAGAAUAAGAAGAAGAGGAGGAGGUAUUGAUACGUUUCGCGAGACGAAGAAGGGAGGGAAAACACGUUGUCCCUAUUUUUCUUUUCGAGAUAAACGAUUUUGUAAAUGAAAAUUGAAUGCGAACAGAGUAGAAGGAUGAGAUCGAUGUAUCGACGAAAAGAAGAAGGAAUAAGAAGUGCCACAGAAGCGCCCGUGUGUUCUCGCUUUACGGUGCGCCGCAGCCGACGUUACCUGAAGCAUGAGUUUCGUCUUGGCGAUUCGAAUGCGACGAAUACACAAUGAUAUACAUAUAUGCAUAUAGUUUAUUACCUAUAUAAAUAUAUAAAUAAUUAUAAAUAUAUAGAUAUGAAUAUAUUUAAUGAAAAGAGAACCAACGCGUCAUGCACGCUGGCGUUUCAUUUUUAGAGAAAGAAGAUGAAAUAAUAGAAAAGGCGGUCGCAAAAUUCCUGGACGAGAGUAUAGGUGAGCGAAAGAGUGACCAGGCUCGGAUUUAGGAGGGGGGGGGGAUAAAAAAUUAGUGUAAUGAUGCAUUUCUCUUCGUUGGAGAUGCGCCACGAGCAACAAUGAUCAACGGUUGAUCCAACCGAUUUUCAACCAACUACUAUAAAAACAAAUAUGUCUGACGUCUGUGAACGAAGGACACGACUCUUUUGUAGAUAGGUUACGAAAAAAAGAAAACAAACAAACAAACAAAAGGUAACUUAGAUUAGAUAAUUAAUACGCAACAAGGAGAAACAACGUUAAAUGGUAACAGAAAGAAAACAACCAAUACAUAUUAUUUACAAUUACUUAGAAUUAAACGGGGGAUAAGUAGAGGUUCUAGUGAUGAGAAAAUAAAAAAAGAAUAUUCAGAUAAUUAUACAUAGCGCAUACACCACAUUAUAAAUAGUGCGAUUAUAAAAAAAAGAACGGGUGAGAAAAAAAAGAAAAGAGAGAAAGAGAGAAAGAAAGCGAGAACAGACACCAGGCGAUAAAUAAAGAAGAAAAAAAAAAGAAAGAUUAACGCGUAACGGAGAGAUAGAAAUCGCGUUAACGCUCUCUCGUUACAUCAGACGUGUAAAGAAGAAAAGAAAAAGAAGAAAGAAAGAAAAGCAUAACGGAUAAGUAAGUUGCUCAUGUGUAUAUUUUUGUAAAUAGGUAUUUGCGAGUGCCGCCGCCUUGAGGGUGACCUGUCGUCGUUUUCAUGACGCGUCAGAGUCGGCCCGCCCCAAUUUUUGCUACCACAAGUCUUAUCGAGAAUCAGGAAAAAUUUCUGGUAAAUAAGAAGGAAAAAGAAAAAAUAUUAAAAAUAACACAUACAGAACACAAGAUAAUUAUACAUGUCCGCCGAAUUUGUCCCGAACGUUCAUUCCGAGUACGGUUCUUACGAUUUUAUUUGAAACGUUACAUUUCAUUUACGUUACCGCGUUGUUCGAUCGAGAUCACUCUUCAUCAUUGCGCUAUUCUCGAGCUCGGUUAUCCAUUAUUUUUCGUUGCUGUUAGUAUCGUUAAGUUUGCUUUUCGUUUGGUUCCUUCUAAUCAUCGACAAAGUGAGAAACCGUCGUGUGUUUUUGUCAAUUGUAUCCUGGAGAAUGUU